GGAAGGACCGCAAUGGCUAUGCGCAUAGAACUUGCCGAACGGUAUGGUUGACAUACUUGGGCCAUUUCUCCACCAUGAAGGGCUGGCUGUGGCAGAAUGCCUUAAGGGAGUUGCCGGGAAAUCACAUGUUUGGCGGGAAACGCGCGUUUAAUACAAGAGAUAUGAAGGAUUUUAUGGUUGAAGAAAUAUCCACUUAGAGUUGGCCACGUCACCCUCUUCAACUACCCAUUCAUAGUAUAAAUACCAACAUUUAUUUCAAUGUAAGGGGUUAGCAAUUUUGUACUCACAUCAUUUCAUUACUCUCUCACUCUUAUAUUUGCUUUAAUUCUGCCUAAGACCGGAAUUCCUGUUCCGGCAUAAUUGUGUAAUCAGCAUAUUCACCACUGAAUUCCAACGACCUCCAAAGGAACGUGUUGGGCCUUUGGACCGGGAGGAAUAAACCUCAACGCUAUCAAUUUUAAGAUCUCGGCUUCUGUGAAGAAGGUAGAAAGUCAUCCGAUCGUGUUUCGUAUGUCGCUAUGCCGCUUUAGUGUUGAAUAUCUUUUUAUUACUGCUGAAGCUUUAUGUAAUUUUGCUAUUUCUCAUUUUUGUGUGCAUAACUAUAUAGUUAUUCCUCGAGCAACUUGAUAAUGUUCUUCAAAGGAGUGAAGCUUCUAUAAGUCAUGAUGAACUCCUAGAGAGAACUCGUGACCCGUCAGUUUCUGACUAUAUUGUGAUGUUCUUCAGGUUUGUGACAUCUGGUGAAAUAAAGAAACGGUCAGAGUUUUUUGAGCCAUUCAUACUAGGGUUAUCAAAUACUUCAGUGGAACAGUUCUGCAAGUCAUCGGUGGAACCAAUGGGAGAAGAGAGUGACCAUGUGCACAUUAUAGCUUUAUCAGAUGCCUUGGGUGUUCCUAUCCGUGUCGUCCAUCUUGAUCGCAGCAGCUCAUCUUUGUCAGGUGGUGAAAACAGCAGCAACAUUGAUGAGUCCACCAAGAAGGCCGUCGCCCCAGAGGCUCAUUCAGUUCUUCUUACCUUGCUAUACCGGCCAGGUCACUAUGACAUUCUGUACCGUAAAUGACUCAAAGAUGUGUGUCCUUGCUUUGCUGAGUGGAAACAGUACUUCCACUGUCCUCCUAUGCAAUACAUAUGUGUUGAUAUGGUGGUCGCUGAGAAUGGUUUGUCUGUGUGAUUCCUGAGGGGCCUAUAUCAGUUGUUUUUCCUUGUUACCAUUGUUACCCGUAACCACUAAACCUGUGUAUCACCACCCUGUUGAAUAUUUUGCUGGUCACUAUAAUACUACUAUUUUCUAUGCACUAUUUUCUACCAUUACAACUUUCUCUGUUUUGAACCUAGUACGAGCAAGUCACAAUCUUC